GUUCUCUAGUAGCGGACACUUGGUGUGAGAGCUCCUCCAGAUACCGACCCAAGGGGAACAGGGGGCAACUUCUAAAACGUCCUCAAAUUCCUUGGGAUCUGCUGCAUUCCUGGAGUGGCAGGGCCCUUGCCUUGAACGUCAUCUUGCUUAUGCUGGUGUGAUCCACGCAGAAGAAGAUCCAGGAAUGGUGGAUCAUUUGAUUCCGGCAGAUGAACGCUUCUCAAACCCUCAAUCGGCUAUUGAAUUCUCAGCCGAGAUGCUGAUUGGAACUAGGUCCUAUCAGAUGUUGCCCUCACCAACUUCCGAAGAUGAUAGUGACUCCUCUAGCUUCAGAUCAUGCUCCAGUCCUGACUCCCAAGUUCUCAGCUCAAGUUAUGGCAGCACCUGUAGUGCAGAAAGCCAGGACAACAUUCUAGAUUACCUUCUGUCCCAAACAACAUUGGCCAACACUUCUGUUUCGUUGUGGGACAGAAGGAAACAGCAAUCUAUGGUCAAAGAGGAAUUCUUCAAGGUACCAGAGUUUGGUUUAGAUAUGGAGGAGACAUCAUUGUUCCAUCCUACUCUGGAUGAGAUUGAGGAGUUUCUAGAGGAGAAUAUGAAACCCGAAUUAAAAGAUGAAAUGCAACACGAUGGCAAGGAAUUGCGGAGCUGCGGUCACUUGUUUUCUGACCAAAUGAAAGACGCCCAAGCGCUGGGCACCACGAUGAAGGAGGACACAUUUUCACAGACAAAUAGUCCAGUGCAGGAAAAAAAUGGCAACAAAGACUCAAGUUCUGUAACUGUUGAGGGUGGAAUUCCAGUCAUUCUUCAGAUACAACCAAUAGAAAUAAAGAAGGAGUCCGAUUCCAACCAAGCUUCACAGUCACAGUUCCCAGAGAACAUUAAGGUCGCUCAACUUCUGGUCAACAUUCAAGGUCAGACAUUUGCGCUAGUCCCCCAGCUUGUCCAGUCCUCAAACAUGUCUUCGAAAUUUGUCCGGAUAGCUCCUGUACCCAUUGCUGCUAAACCUUUAGGGCCUGGCGGAAUUCAGGGACAGUCUGGGGUCAUGGUUGCGCAAAAGUUCCAAAAGAAUCCAGCCACAGAACUCAUAAAAAUGCACAAAUGUACUUUCCCUGGAUGUACUAAAAUGUACACUAAGAGCAGUCACCUCAAGGCACACCUGCGGAGACACACGGGAGAGAAGCCCUUUGCUUGCACAUGGCCUGGAUGCGGUUGGAGGUUUUCACGAUCAGAUGAACUGUCUCGACACCGUCGCUCACAUUCCGGAGUGAAGCCAUACCAGUGUGCCGUCUGCGAAAAGAGGUUUGCCCGUAGCGACCACCUGUCGAAACACGUCAAAGUGCACAGAUUCCCCAGGAGCAGCCGUUCCACGCGCUUAUCAAACUGAGCCCGCAACGACCUUUAGUAGAACAUGUGAACCUCCCAGCACUUUGCCCACCUUCCCAACAUAACUUAGAAAGCAUGGAACAAAACCCUUGGUGCAGCUGGACAUCGUCAAAGAACGUCAUCAGAUCUUAUAUCGUAUUUAACACGGUGGUCAACGAAGACUUUGCUCCAAAAUGAAAAGAGACAUUAAAUCCAAAACAACUGUCAACGUGUUCUUUGUCUACAUCUGCUAUACCGUAACGUCCCGUGUGGUACUAGUGAAACGGUUACUGCGGUUACUUGCCAAUCUAAAUGUUAUUUUACCAUAUAUAUAUUUUUUUAAGACGAGGGUGGCUUUUUGAUGUUGGGUGACCGAAGAGACACGGUUGGCAUUUUAGGUUCAAAAUAAAAAUACUGUGAAAAA